AUGCAGCUGAAGCUGACUUUGACCAUUCCAUGGGCCAAAAGGGCCAAUGACAUCGACCUGCAUCUGGCUUGUGACGUGCCUGGCACCGUGCUUCUCGCCGUGCCCAAAUGCCAAGUGGAGCAACUGGAAGUUCCAGAAGUUCCAGUGCGCGUGGUGGCGGGACUCGGUGACUUUGAGCUGGGCGUAAAGGAGACUGGGCUCCAGGUGCAGAUCACUUACAAGGCGUCCACCUCUGGGGCUCGCUUCCAUCGGCACAGCAGAUCCUUGGAAGUCUCCAUGGAGAUGGAGGAGGAGCAAGGCACAACACCAUCGCGGCUUUGCGACGUGCUACUUCCAAUGGCGGCUCCUGAGGGUCAUCUGCAACUGCAGGCCUUACCUUUUGGUCUCCCCGGUGCCGUUGGAUCCCAUCUCUGGCCCAGCGCCCAGCUGCUGGCGGCGCAGCUCCGUCGGCGCUACGCCUUCGCGCCGAAGCCGGCGCCGUCGGCGCCGUCGGCGCUGGAGCUGGGCAGCGGCUGCGGGGUGGCAGGAUUGGUGGCGGCAGCACAUGGGGUGCAGGUGACAUUCUCUGACUGCGAUCCUCGGGUCCUUCCACUACUACGUGCCAACUGUUGUGACUUCUCGAGGCGAACUGGGGGGCCAGACUUGAAGGUGAUCAAAUUCGACUUUGCCAGUGAACAGGACUCAAAGGAUUUGGUCCUUGCAGACGGGCCGUUCGACCUUCUGUUGGCCUCCGACGUUCUGUACGAACAUCACCUGGUGUCCAAGUUCUUUCGCAGCGCGAAGAUGUUGACCACAGCUGCAGCCGAGGUGCUGCUGGCUGUGGAGCUACGGCCCUGUGGUGUGGAUCUCUCUGAGGCCAUCGUUUCGGAAGCCAAGAAAUGUGGCUUUGAGGCCGUGGAUGUGACAAGAAAACUGAAGAUGUGGGUCACACCCAUGCCUCCGGAGUUGAAGAUACCACCUUUGGAGGAGAGACAUCGGAUUUUUGUGGCCACGAAACAGUCAGCUGAUGGUCUGCCUCAGCCUGUGGAGCCUGUGCCAGUUGCGAAGAGGAAGUCUCAUCAGCCAUGGAAGGACCUCGGGGAGAAGGAAUGGUAUCAACGAUCCCUGCACUUUUGGUCCAAGCAGGAUGCCACUGACGCGGGUGUUUUGGAUGGUCAUUUGGAGACCUCUCCGCUGGACCUGAAAGAAUCCGCCGACUUCUUAGAGGUUAUCCGCCAGAACUUUCGGCAUGGCCUCUUUGCGACAGCCUUGGACUGCGGUGCAGGUGUGGGUCGCAUCACCGAAGGGUUGCUGCUGCGGCAGGUGACAGAUGCAGUGGAUCUACUGGAGCCCUGCGGACACCUCCUGCAGGAAGCUCGAGAGCGCCUGGUGCAAUCCAAAGCGCGGCAUUUCUUGGAGCUGUCCUUGCAGGACGUGACAGAACUGCCAGAUCAGUAUGAUCUCAUUUGGGUCCAGUGGGUGCUGCUGUACUUGACCGAUGCUGACUUGUUGGCUGUGUUGGAGAGGCUUCGAGGUGCCCUGAGGCCCAAUGGCGUGCUGAUCAUCAAGGAGAAUUGCCUGUUGAAAAGCAACACCUCAGGGUGGGUGGAUGAUCGAGAUAGCUCGUUGUGCCGCUCUGACGCCGCCUUGCAGCAACUCUUCGCGGAAGCCGGGUUGCAGCUGCUGGCACAAAAGGCGCAGCAAGACUGGCCGCAGACGAUGCUUCCCGUGUCCUGCGGGGAGAAGUGGGUGGGAGACGGCAGACAACAAAAUUGUCACCAUGUUCUCGUUUGCUCGUCACAACAAGAUGAUAACACAGCAACAGCAAAAUGUUAUAUUGCCUAUCCGUCUCUCUGUCCGACUGUCUGUCUCCGUCCAAGUUAUCCAGUGGGGAUCUUGAAGUGUUCACAACAUGGUAUAGCCGCAAAAUGCUGUGCCCUGGCUACAAACAAGGUGAUGAUGUACGCCUUGCGGUGA